UGCACCAGGCCAGGCUCCCACCCUCUGCUGCCUGGCUGCCACCGCUCGACCCUAAUUUUCCCCACCUGCCUGCCCUCUCCAGCCUGUCCCCUCCGCCUCAGAGUCCUCUUUGCCCCUGGAUCCCGCCCCGAUGGCCGCAAACGGGCCGGAGCACUUCCGAAUUACAGCAGGCUUCCGACUGCUCCUGCUGACCCUUUUGGUCUUGAGUUUUUCCUGUGAAGCCUGCAAAAGGGUGACACUUUCUGUUCCUUCUAAACUUGAAGCUGAGACUUUUGUUGGUAGAGUUAAUCUAGAUGAGUGCCUUCCAUCUGCAAAUAUAAUCCAUUCAAGUGACCCUCACUUCAGAAUUUUCAAAGAUGGUUCGGUGUAUACAACCAAUCCUGUUGUGUUGUCUCCUGAGAAGAGAAUGUUUACUAUUCUACUUUCCAACACAGAGAAAAGAGAACAGAAGAAUCUAGUUGUCCUACUAGAAUAUCAAAAGAAGGUACUGAAGAAAAGACAUUUGAGAGAAACAGUCCUUAAGCGUGCCAAGAGAAGAUGGGCUCCUAUCCCUUGUUCAUUGCAGGAGAACUCUUUAGGUCCUUUCCCCAUGCUUCUUCAACAGGUCCAGUCUGACUCAGCACAGAAUUACACAGUCUAUUAUUCAAUCAGAGGGCCUGGAGUUGAUCAAGAACCUUUAAAUUUGUUUUACAUAGAGAGAGAUACUGGGAACCUCUUUGUUACUCGUCCUGUAGAUCGUGAGAAAUGUGCAUCUUACGAGAUAAUUGCCUAUGCAUCAACUCCAGAUGGUUAUUCUGUAGACCUUCCACUACCCCUUGAAAUCAGAGUUGAGGAUGAAAAUGACAACUACCCAAUUUUCACUGAAAACCCUUAUCAAUUUGAAGUUCUUGAAAAUUGUGGAGCUGGUACAACAGUGGGUCAAGUCUGUGCCACAGAUGCUGAUGAACCUGACACAAUGCAUACUCGCCUGAAGUAUUCCAUUAUAGAGCAACAGCCACCAUCACCUAUAUUAUUUUCUAUACACCCAGUCACAGGUGUGAUCAUCACAACAUCAUCUCGGUCUGACAGAGAGCUCGUGGACAAAUACAAAUUGACACUAAAAGUACAAGAUAUGAAUGGUCAGUAUUUUGGACUGUCCACUAAGUCAACUUGCAUCAUUUCAGUUGGAGAUGUGAAUGACAACUUGCCGAUUUUUACAAGAGCUUCUUAUGUGACAGAAGUAGAAGAAAAUAAAAGCAAUGUGGAAAUACUUCGAUUAAGUGUAGAAGAUAAAGAUUUGAUUAACACUCCUAAUUGGAGGGCUAAUUACACCAUUUUAAGGGGUAAUGAAAAUGGGAAUUUCCACAUUGUGACAGACCCCAAAACCAAUGAAGGAAUUCUUUGUGUUGUUAAGGGCCUGAAUUAUGAGGAAGCACGCCAGGUAGUCCUGCAAAUUGGUGUAACUAAUCAGGCUCCAUAUUCUGGAUCUGGUAGUUCAAAGACAAUAAGCACGACUACAGUUACUGUUAAUGUUAAGGAUCAAGAUGAAGGGCCUGAAUGCAGCCCUCAAAUGCAGACUGUUCAUGUGAAAGAAAACACAGCACUGGGGACACAAGUCACUGGUUAUAAAGCCUAUGACCCAGAAACCAGAAGCAGUAGUGGCAUAAGGUAUCAAGCAUUAAAUGAUCCAACAGGAUUGUUCACAGUUGAUGAAACAUCAGGUUCGCUCAAAAUUCGUAGAAGUUUAGAUAGAGAGUCAAAUACCUUCAGACAAGGCUUAUAUAAUAUCACUGUACGGGCAGCAGACAAUGGUGGCAGAACAUGUACCGGUACCCUGAGAGUUGUUGUUGAUGAUGUGAAUGAUAAUGGUCCAUCCAUACCUACAACAAAAGUGAUAAUCUGUAAAACGCAAAUGGGCUCAGCAGAGAUCGUUGCUGUGGAUCCUGAUGAACCUAUCAAUGGUCCACCCUUUGAAUUCACCUUGCCAAGCAAUAAUGAACGUGUUGGUGGUGGAACAUGGAGACUUAGCAAAAUUAAUGAUACUGCUACACGCAUAUCCUUCCGCAAUGAUCCUGCAUUUGGGAUAUAUGAGAUACCUGUUUCAGUCAGAGAUAGACUUGGCCUGUCUACAACCAGCGUAGUGAGUGUUGAUCUGUGUGAUUGCGUUGUUCCAAGUGAAUGUAGAUCUCGUACAUCUCCAAUACGAGGUGCAAAUGAUGUAACACUUGGAAAGUGGGCCAUCCUCGCCAUGAUACUGGGUGCAGCAUUACUGUCUUGUAUCCUAUUUACAUUAGUUUGUGGAACUUCUGGCUCCUCCCAAACAAAAAAAACCUUCCCUGAUGAUUUGGCUCAGCAGAACCUUAUUGUAUCAAACACCGAAGCCCCUGGAGAUGACAGAGUGUAUUGCACAAAUGGAUUGACUACGCAGAAUGUGAGCACUGGUUGCACAUUAAUAUCAGGAGCAAAAAAUGGGCAAGAAAGCUUUGAAAUGAUCAAAGGAGGGCAUCAGACUUUGGAAUCCUGUCAGGGAGGAGGGCAUCAUACCCUGGAUUCAUGCAGGGGAGGACAUCACACCCUGGAUUCUUGUAGGGGAGGACAAGUUGAGUUGGACAACUGCAAAUACACUUAUUCUGAAUGGCAGAAUUUUACUCAACCCCGUCUUGGUGAAAAGGUGCAACUGUGCAAUCAGAAUGAAGAUCAGACCCAUGCUCGAGACUAUGUCCUUACAUACAGCUAUGAAGGAAAAGGCUCCACGGCUGGUUCUGUAGGGUGUUGCAGUGAGCGCCAUGAUGAAGAAGGGCUUGACUUUUUAGAUCACUUGGAACCCAAAUUUAGGACUCUAGCAGAAGCAUGCAUGAAGAGAUAGAUAACUGUCUCUCUAACAAUUCAGUACUGGGACUUGGAGUGGAGUUGUGGUUUUUUUUGUUUUUGUUUUUUGGAGACUUCAAAGCUGGGAUAUUUUAAAACUUGAAUACAACAUAUUAUAGGUUUUUAUUCUUCAUUUGAGAGAAGCUGUUUUGCCAAAAUGCAUGUUCACAUCUUAAAUUAAGCAUAAAAACUUACCUAUGGUCACACUUAAAACACAAAAAUUACCUGUCUUCCUUAGAGGAGAUUGACAGAUAGUAAAAUGAAUGAACUUGGCAUUCUUUACUAGUGGAUAGUAAAGGCACUUGGCAGUUUGCAAGAUUGCACUAGAAGUAUUAUAAAUAUAGUCAUAUUUUGUUAAUUCAUGGAUGAGCAUUCUGAAUUAGUAAGUCUGCAGUAAGUACCUUUUUUUUUUUAAAAAAAAAGCACUACAGUUUUAUUAUUAUCAAGCACUUAAAAUUACAAAGUUUAGGAAAGCUUUUUUGAGAGGCCCUACUUUUAAUUAUUACUUUGGUCACUUAGCUCAUCAAAUGUGUUCAGCAUUGGUAAUUGUGAGGAUGCGUAAAAACAGUUUUCUUCAUUAUUUUAAAUAGUCUUCUCUAGUCUUGGUAACAAUUUGUUUAGCAUACCCAUUUUGAGCAGUGCAAAGAUAAGCUUCAGUUGAAAGACUGUCCAUCUAAAUUAUCACUUAUUACAAUUUAAUGGAGUCCAGGUUUCUGAUGAUUUACUGUAUAAAAAAAUAAUCAGCACUGGAUCUACAUUUUAUCUUUUGAAUGCCAUGGAAAUGUAGACUUCAAAUAUAUUUUCAAAAGUAUUUGCAUAUUUUUGGAAGUUUGUUUUUGCAGUGUUUUUCUUUGAUAUAAUCUUUAUAUCCUGAAUGUUAUAUUCUUUAUUUAAAAUGUUUAGCCUAAAAAUAGUUAUAAUAUGGGCUAGAGGAACCUAAAACUUCUAAAAAUCUUUCCUCAACACCCGUCCCCUUUGCCCUAUCAACUCCCUUUGUUUUAUGUAAAGCUAUAUUUUCUUGAUUUUAUGGAAAUAUGUGUUAUUAUAAUUGUAUCAAAUGUCUCUGGUGACUGUUUUGCUAUGUCUUUUAGAGUCUUUAAUUUUGCCAUUAAAAUGAUAAAAAUAAAAUUUACUCCAUGCUUUCA